AUAUCUCAACCUAAAUCACCUCUUAUUGUAUUUUGGUUAAAAUGAAAUCCCUUUUUUUUUUUUUUUGUGACGUGUGCUGCAGCAGACCGCGAAAUGCAAGACUGCGAAGCAAAAAGCAGAGGUCUUUUGUUUUGUGUGUAGCAUCGUGAUUGUUAUUUCAAUAUGCUGAAUCAUCAUAAAGAACCAUUUGGAGAUCAGAUCAGUCUUUCGGCCGAGGUGGGUCGAGAUGAGCAUCAAGUGAUGAGCAUCCUCUAUGAGGACGUCUUUGUUUGUUUUUCAAGCCUUCCGACCUAAAGUGCCAAGUAGGUGUCAAGCUGUCACAUCCAUUUCCAAAUUGCAUGUUAAGCAAUUUGCAGUGUGGGUCACAAGUAGGUAUGCACUUCAUGGUCUUUUAUUUGAUUACAUUUCCAGGGUUAAGCACAUUUUCCUCCUUGACCUCUUUACUCCCUUUGGUUUUGCUUUUCAUUCGUUUCAGCCUUACUUCUUCCAUCUGUUUUUUGCUAAGACCCGUGUUACUUUUUCCCAUUACCUUCCAUCCUUCCUUUCUGAAUUCCUUCCUUCUUGCCUUACUUCUGCCCUGCUUUUUAUUCAUGCAUCUAUUCAGCCUUACUACCUUAGUUGAAAGGCUCCUUCCUUCCUUCCUUCCUUCCUUCCUUCCUUCCUUCCUUCCUUCCUUCCUUCCUUCCUUCCUUCCUUCCUUCCUUCCUUCCUUCCUUCCUUCCUUCCUUCCUUCCUUCCUUCCUUCCUUCCUUCCUUCCUUCCUUCAGCUCUUUUUUUCUUUAACGGUAAAAAGCUUUCUUUUUUUUUCUUACAACUGAAAUCUUGGAACUUUAAAACUUUUUUGAGUAAAAUGAUUUUUCUUCACUGAAAAAUAUUUGUUUCACCCCGCAGUGUUCCUUUGGAUUUAGAAUUAUUUAGCUGUAUUCUAAUCCAGGCGAAAGCUCGCUCCAGUGACAGCACUUGACGCAAUUUAACAGUCCAUUUCUCUUAUUUCGAUGGGGCAGAUGCUCUUGUUUCCCCCUCAUGAGUGACGGGAUGACAUUUUCAGCCCAUUAGCCUGCAUGGAGGCCAGGUAAUGAAUUACCGCUACCGUUUCUCUCUUAAAGUCACCUUGGAAACUGUUGCACAUUUAUGGGCAGAUUGAAGUUUCGCUCCCUGUUCUUGCUCGCCUAGCCGACUUAUUUCAUCAUCGCUUGUGUGCGUGUGUGUGUGUGCGUGUGUGUGUGUGCGUUGCAUUUAAAUGCGUUUUGGAAGGCAGGUGCUGGGCUUUGCAAUAAAGCUCUAAGUUGCCGCCUUCCAGGUAACGAGAAUGGAUGGGGGCCCGAGGAGGAGCCUGGUGGAGCUAGGCAGAGGUGUUUUGUUGGUGAGGAUGGAUUGGAUAAUGGAGUAAAUAGUUUUUGGUUUCAUCAAUGAAUUUAAAUUUGUAUUUUUUUUUUCAUAGUUUGAAGCAGGUCUUUGCUGUUGAGCGUUUAAUAAUGUGUUUAAUAUGAAGCAAUUAUGCUAUUAGGCUAAUAGUAGUACGCAGUCACUUACAAAAUCAUGUUUUUAAGUACUAAUAGAUAUUUACCUUAUUUUUUAUUAUUGGAUUCUUGUGAAAAUAUCAAAGUCGCCCAGCCUCUUUGUCUAGUUGCUGAGGGAUGAUCGGAUGGAGAGGUUGACGAAACCCCGAGCAAGACUCAGCACCAUCGUGCAUCUUAUAUGGCCGACACACAGCUGUGCCUCGGGAGCGGUUACGCCUAUUCAGGACAAUUAAUAGCCUCCGGGAAGGAACACAAACGUGAGAUUUGUCCACAAAAGUGCUGCUUAAGCUGCAGAGGGAAAAAGGGAGCGAGUGAAAGCAAGAUCAAUAAAUUGUUGGAUAUUUUUUUUCCCCAUCCCUCGCACGGGGGUGGUGAUGAAACCUCUUGCAAGGGUGAAUUGCUAAGUGUUGCGAUAUGCCUCGCCGCUGAUUCUUUCAACUCGGGUGUCUUGGAUGACUUUGCGCUUGGAACUUGACUGAGGCUCGGCGUGUUCAUGAGCGUCGGGACAGAUGCAGGAAGUGGAAAUGAAAGAACGUGUGAAGAUGUAAAGCACUGUAGUGCCGAAAGUGAUACAUGAGCUAUCUGCACCACUGAAACAUCAAAUGUUUUAAAAGUGACACUUAAACGUUUCCAAAUUAUUUCUCAGAAACAACAACUUUAUUAUUUCAAUCACCAAGUGCCUCAAAACUAUAUUGUCUCUUGAUUUUAAAAUAUUCCAAGAAAUGAUCAGUCGAGAUACAUGAAAGAGAAUCGCCGCGUGACAAAAAUAAGUGGCAGCGUUUUUUUUUUUUUAUAUUUAUAGUUUACUUUUGCAUUUUAAUGAAUGCGGGAAGACGCUGGUGGUGUGGUUGACUGAAAAAAACAAGACGAGUCCUCUGGGGGGGUGGAUCGGCUCCUGUGGGAGACCCUAAGACCGCUUUGACAUUAUAUCUACUUGUCAGUGAACCACAAUGUCGCAAAUCUUUGUGCAAGACAUUUUUUUGCAUAUCAAAAGUUUUCUCUAUUACGUCCCAUUUAGAAAACAGACUGCGGUCCAUCAAAAUAGCAGCUUUAUGAUUUAGUGACACCACAAUGAAUGUAGUAAUUUGCGACAGAGGCGAUCAUUAGUCGCGGCCCUCUUUGGCAAAGGAAAUGUCGGCCGCAGAUGCCAGUGGCCCAGUAUCAGUGCUGAUAAAUGAGUCUAAUCACAAGCGUUUCCCCCUGUGUGACAUUAAGCAGCAGGUGGCAAUAACACCCCGACUCCAGUCUUCAUUUCCGAGGAUAAAUGGCACAGAUCAAGAGUCGCCGAGCAGCAGAUUGCUUAUUGCUUGUUGAGUCAAGUCGAUGGAGCCGGAAUAAAGUCGUUUCGGUCGGAAUCGGCGGUUCAUCGUGAUCUUUGAAAAGACAAGUGUCCAUUUUCGUGACUCGAAAGAACACGACCAUGUUAGCUGCUAGCACUAGUCGGGGACAAACUUUGUCUAGUUAGCAUUGUUACUGUUUUUGUUGUGGUCUGUUUCUGGCAUGAAGGGAUUUUUAUGAUGGCAACAUUUCAGAUUCUGGAUCGAACCAUUUGUCCUUAUCGAUUAACUUCCAUCCUGUAAUAUUUGGGUGAUACAGAAUUGUCUGCAGUGUUUCCCCGAGUCUUCCAUUUGCCUGUGAAAGUUGAAUGAUUUCCCCUCUGCCUCUUUCUGUCACCCUUAUUUCACGCUCUGAAUAGUUAGUAGUUAAUAGCUUCCCUCCCUUUUUGGAAAGCAAAACCCACCUUUCUCUCAUUUUGCUCUCUCUUCUCUUUCUCGCUCUCUCUGUCAUCUGCAACUUUAUCCCAGUCCUUCCAUUCCCAGUGCUAUCUCAUUUUUAAUUUGCUGCUAAACGCCCCGCGACAUGCCCAAUAAUUGACUGCACUCAGCGGAAGCGAGGAACGAUAACGAUCUGAAUAGCCGGAUUUGUUGUUGCAGAUGAAUGGAGGGAAUACGAGUUGUGUGGUCUCAUUAUAUUGCAAAAGGCUAAAAUUGAAUAGACUUCAACCUUAUUCCAAACCGUUAAGCAAAGCCUCAAACCUUGAUUCCAAUUCUACCCCUCGUUUACAAAAUGAGUGACAGUUUAGGUGCUGCUGUUUUGGUUUGCGACAAAGUUCAAAUGGGGCCCUGCAGCUCUCCUCUGCAUCCCAUUUUUAAAAUGUUUUUUAACAUAUGGAACUGUUUGUCUUCUAGCUGUUGUCUAAACACGAUUUUGAAUAGCAUGCCUCGCCUGGCCGCUGUUUGCUUUUUAUUCACUUCAUUAGCCGACCAAGCGAGCGCUCGGGACUCGCGCUGUUCAGGAAUGGAUGGUGACAAGCCCAAUUCCUUAACGUCCCGGCCCCGCUCGCCUCUUCGCGGAAUGAUGAUGAUAUCCCAGCCCCACCUUGCGCCUCGACCUCGUUCGCGCUUAGCAUUCAAAAGACAUGCUGCGUCGUAAUCUUGGCUGUGAGAUGUAGAUCCCGCCUUUUUUUUUCCCUGGUCUUUUGGCCCCAAUAAUCUUGUUAAGACUGCUGUCAAAGUGGCGAUGGCUUUCCCCCCUGCUGCCUCCCUGAGCGGCCAAGCGUGACAACCCACCCCCACCCUCACCCCACAAAAGAUCCCGGCGCCAUUUUGAGACAGCUGUUGAUGAAAGACCCCCUCGCUCGCUUGUAUCCUUGAAGAAUCACCUCCAGAGCAUCUUUUUUCCCUCCCUCCCCAAUAAAUAUUCAUCGGACGGCGCGAGGCUUGACAACAAAGGGCCCCUCGGCUAAUGGCGGUCAUCUUUGAAGAGAUCCCGUCCGUUCCAGGCACGGGAUCAUUAAAGCAUCACGCUUGCUCAAGGCCGGACCAGAGUGCCUCCUUUCCCCCCCCUUGAGCUUCAAGCUUCCUCCAUGAGCUGUCCAUAUUCUUUUUUCAUCCUGUCACUUCAUAAUUGGCACUUUUGACAAUUUGCUGUGUGUGUGUGUGUGAGAUCCUUGCUGAGAUCAGUGCUUUUUCCUUCCUCGGCCCGUUCCUCCCAAGCUCCUCCAAAAUGUGUCGAGCGUGCGCUUUCCCGUCCGCCAUGCUCGCGCCUUCUCCGCCUUCUUCUCCACCGCCGCAUCCCCUCCUUUCUUUUUUUUUUUUACCUGGGUGGCCACAUUCAGCGUUUUUUGUCUCCUGUGGGUGUAAUACGUCUCUGCUCUAGCAGCAAUCAGCGCUGAUUUGUCAGCAUUCUUCCAGGCGAUUCAUAAAAAUUCAGCAAGCGCCUACAAAAAAAAAAGGGCCAUCCACGUCGCUUUCUGCUUGACCCCUGGGCUCGAAGAGACUAGCCAGCAGCGCAGCUGGACGCGGCUCGCGGGGCAUGACGACUCCAAACAAGGGAAGCAAAGCCUUGAAGGUGAAGCGUGAGCCGGGCGAAAAUGGCACCAGCCUGACGGACGACGAGCUGGUGAGCAUGUCGGUACGCGAGUUGAACCAGCACCUGCGCGGGCUGACCAAGGAGGAGAUCCUGCAGCUGAAGCAGCGGCGGCGCACGCUCAAGAACCGAGGCUACGCCGCCAGCUGCCGGGUGAAGCGCGUGACGCAGAAGGAAGAGCUGGAGAAGCAGAAGGCUCAGCUGCAACAGGAAGUGGACAAGCUGGCCACGGAGAACGCCAGCAUGAAGGUGGAGCUGGAUGCGCUGCGCUCCAAGUACGAGGCACUGCAGAACUUUGCCAGGACUGUGGCGCGCAACCCCGUCACCUCGGCCCGCGGGCCCAUGGCCUCGGUCAUCGGGCCGCUCAUCCCAGGUAAAGUGGCCGCCACCAGCGUCAUCACCAUUGUCAAAUCCAAAACGUAAGCUCGGUCGUAGUAGCGCAAAGACCAAAACUAGUCAGUGCAUCCUAACAAAGCGUUCCGAUGGCAAUAUUGUUUUCCGACAACUGGUGCAGCUAUUGUGGACGUUUGGGAAAACCCCAUCGCUUUAUUCCUCUUUUAGCACUUCUUAGCCAGUACAAUCCUAAAAUAAUCGAAACAUUCUCAACUCUACAUUGAGAAACGAAGCUUUUGCAAUUGUUACUAUGCACUGACUGACUUCAGAAUAUCAAAAGAGACGUGCAUUUUUUUUUUUUGUUCAUCACAAACAGUUCCCUGGUGUCUUAAGAACAUGUCCGUGACAUGUUUUAGUGGAAAUACCCCAAGGAUCAAGAAUCAUAGCACACUCUACAAUUUCUGUUGGGAGGGGGCAGAUUUAGGGAGUAGAUGAGCAAUUUUCCAGAACAUGUCCCCUCUCAAGAAUCACAAGCAUUGAUGAAUGCACUUCAAAUCUUAGCAUCGUUUUGUGCAACAGCGUUCAACAGAACUAAUCAUUGCCGAUAUGACCGGUAGAUGCAAUAAUACACGCGUGCACUGAAAACACAACGAGAAGAAGAAAAAAAAAAAAAAAAAGGAUGGGAUGCAAACCUUGAAUGUUCUAACUGUUUAAUCUACUCCUCGAGAAAAUAUGAUGGAGUUUAGGUUGUUUUUGUUUACAGAGCCGUCAGAUUAAAAAAAAAAAAAAUCAACGAACAAGCUUUACUGUUUAAAUGGAUAAGAUGUGGAGUUCUUUUGUCUCAAU